AUGGGCCAUUGCCACGAUGAUCCUUGCUUAAAUCAACCACCUCCAAUGUACACAGUCCAACCGGCUGCUACCGUAGUACCGCCCCCGGGUACUGUAAUUUAUGGCGCGCAGCCACCGACUGUUCAAGUUGGCCAGGGUGUCUAUGUGAAUCAGGGUUAUGUGCCGGGUGGAGCUACGAUUGUGCAACCGGCAGUUGUCGCAACUCCGGUUACUGUGGUUACGGUAGCUGUGAAGGUAUGAGUCAUUUUUGGGGGUUGCGAAAUUUUUUAAUGGCCUAGGAAUCCAAAAAAUAAUCAAUAAUUUGGUUUUCUAGGCCACAAGAUACAACUUUUUGGAUUUCUAGGCCAUCAGAAUCAAGAAUAUUUGGGUUUAUAGGCCAAGUAGUGCAAAUUUUUCGGGUUUCUAGGCCACUGAUAGCGAAAGGUUGGUUUUGUAGGCCAAUGUUUUGGAUUUCUAGGCCAUCAAAAUCAAGAAUUUGGAUUUCUAGGCCAAUGUUUUGGGUUUCUAGGCCAUCGACUACAAGAAUCCGGGUUUCUAGGCCGCAGGAUGUAACUUUUUGGUUUUCUAGGCCAUCAGAGCGAAAAUUUUGAUUUUCUAGGCCAUCAACUGUAAGAAUUCGGUGUUCUAGGCCAUCAGAAUCAUAAAUUUGGAUUUCUAGGCCACCAAUAGCGAAAUAAUGGUUUUCUAGGCCAAUUUGUUGGUUUUCUAGGCCACCAAUAGCGAAAUACUAGUUUUCUAGGCGAAUUUUUUGGAUUUCUAGGCCAUCAGAAUCAAGAAUUUGGUUUUCUAGGCCACCAGAAGCGAAAAUUAAGCCACGUGAGCAAUAAUUUGGAUUUCGACCCCAUAAAAAACUUUUUCUCACACUAAUUCUUGUGACCGAGAUUUUCCAUGGCCUAGAAAUCCAAACCUCGUCCCCGUACCUCCCAAAUCCUCAAUUUUUCCAGCCAACCGAUCACCUCGAGCCAUAUUCCGAAUAUUGUCCACGUUGUCAAACACAAGUGAUGACACGUGUCCAAUUCUCACCCGGUGCUUGCUGGUGGGCAAUUUGUAUCAUCGGAUUCUUCUUCAUCUGCUGGCCAAUUUUGUUUUUCUUGUGUUGUAAUGUCUCCAAAAAUGCCAAUCAUUAUUGUCCAAAUUGCGCUUGCUUAAUUGCCGUGAGAAAACGUGGAUGCUAA